AUGUCUUUCUUUCUAUCUAUCUAUCUAUCUAUCUAUCUAUCUAUCUAUGUAAUUCUUGAGACCAAAAUCAAAAAACACAUUCUCUUUCCACCCCUCGCUCAUUCCACCUCUCUUUUUUCCACCCUCUCUCUUUCCACCCCUCUCUCUUUCCACCCUCUAUCUUUCCACCGCUCUCUUUCCACCCCUCUCUCUUUCCACCCUCUCUCUUUCCACCGCUCUCUUUCCACCCCUCUCUCUCCACCCUCUCUUUCCACCCUCUCUCUUUCCAUCCCUUUCUCUUUCCACCCCUCUCUCUUUCCACCCCUCUCUCUUUCCAACCACUCUUUUCCCACCCUCUCUCUUUCCACCGCUCUCUUUCCACCCCUCUCUCUUUCCAAACCAUAUUUUCCCACCCUCUCUCUUUCCACCGCUCUCUUUCCACCCCUCUCUCUUUCCACCUUUCCCUAUCUCUUCCAACCUCCCUCUGCCCACCUCUCUCUUUCUACUUCUCUCUUUCCACCUCUCUCUUUCCACCUCUCUCUUUCCACUUCUCUCUUUCUACUUCUAUCUCUUUCCACCUCUCUCUUUCCACCUCUCUCUUUCUACUUCUCUCUUUCUACUUCUAUCUCUUUCCACCUCUCUCUUUCCACCUCUCUCUUUCCACCUCUCUCUUUCCACCUCUCUCUUUCUACUUCUCUCAUUCCACCUUCUAUCUUUUCCACCUCUCUCUUUCCUUUCUCUCAUUUCCUUCUCUCUUUCACCUUCUCUCUUUUUCCACCUCUCUCUUUCCACCUCUCUUUCCACCUUCUCUCUUUCUCCUCUCUCUCCCUUUCACCUCUCUCUUUCCACCUCUCUCAUUUCAAUUCUCUCUUUUCUCUCAUUUCAAUUCUCUCUUUCCACCUCUCUCAUUUCCAACCUCUCUCUUUCCACCUCUUUUUUCAACUCUCUCUCUCUCUCACACUCUCUCUCUUCCACCUCUCUUCAAUUCUCUUUCCCUCUCUCUUUUCACCUCUCUUUCCACCUCUCUCACAAUUCUCUCUUUCCACUUCUCUCUCUUUUCAAUUCUCUCUUUCCACUCUCUCUCUUUCCAAUUCUCUCUUUCCACCUCUCUCACAUUCCAAUUCUCUCUUUCCAUCUCUCUCACAUUCCAAUUCUCUCUUUCUCUCUUUCUCUCUUUCCCACCUCUCUCACAUUCCAAUUCUCUCUUUCCACCUCUCUCUCUCAUUCUCUUUCCUCUCUUUCCACAAUUCUCUCUUUCCACCUCUCUCACUCUCUUUUCACCCUCUCUCACAUUCCAAUUCUCUCUUUCCACCUCUCUCACAUUUCAAUUCUCUCUUUCUCUUUCACACCUCUCUCUUUCCACCUCUCUCUCAUUCCAAUUCUCUCUUUCCACUCUCUCUCUUUUCCACCUCUCUCUUUUUUUCCUCCUCUCUCAUUUCUCUCUUACCUCUCUCACAUUUCAAUUCUCUUUUUCCUCUCACAUUUCUUCUUUUCUCUCACAUUUCAACUCUCUCUUUCCACCUCUCUCUUUCUUUCUUUCCCUCUCUCUCUCAAUUUCUCUUCCAUCUCUUUCAUUUCAAUUCUCUCUCUUUCCACCUCUCUCAUUCCAAUUCUCUCUUUCCACCUCUCUCACAUUUCUUCUUCUUUCCACCUCUCUUUCCAUUUCCUCUCUCUUUCCACUUCUCUCUUUCUACUUCUGGCAUUGGAAUUCUCUCUCUCUACUCUCUCAUCUCUUUCAUUUCCUCUCUCUUUCCCCUCUCUCUCAUUUCAAUUCUCUCUUUCCACCUCUCUCACAUUUCUCUCUCUCUUUCUUCCUCUCUCUCUCUUUUCCACCUCUCUCUUUUCCUUCUCUCUCUCAUUUCAACCUCUCUCUUUCCACUCUCUUUCUUUCAUUUCAAUUCUCUUUUUCCACCUCUCUCCACAUUCAAUUCUCUCUUUUCCACCUCUCUCUCUUUCCCACUUCUCUCUCUUUCCACCUCUCAUUCUCUCUUUCCUCUCUCUCUCUCUCUUUCCACCUCUCUCAUUUCACCUCUCUCUUUCUCUUUCAUUUCACCUCUCUCUUUCCUACUUCUCUCUCUUUCCACCUCUCUCUUUCUCUCUCCUCUCUCACAUUUCAAUUCUCUCUUUCUCCUCUCUCACAUUCCAAUUCUCUCUUUCCUUUCUCACCUCUCUCUCUUUCCUCUCUCUUUCACAUUUCUCUCUCUUUCCACCUCUCUCACAUUUCAUUUCUCUCUUUUUCUCCAUUUCUCUCUUUCCCUCUUUUCACAUUCUCUCUCUUUUCUCACAUUCCAAUUCUCUCUUUCCUCUCUCACAUUUCCUCUCUCUCUUUCCUCCUCUCACAUUCCACCUCUCUUUCUUUCCCUCUCUCACAUUCCACUCUCUCUCUUUUCCUCUCUCUAUUCUUUCCUUCUCUCUUUCCACCUCUCUCACAUUUCAACUCUCUUUUUCCACUCUCUCUUUCCACCUCUCACAUUCCAAUUCUCUCUUUCCAUCUCUCUCUCAUUUCCUUUUCUCUUUCCACCUCUCUCACAUCUCUCUCUUUCCACCUCUCUCAUUUCAAUUCUCUCUUUCCACCUCUCUCACAUUUCAAUUCUCUCUUUCCAUCUCUCUCUCAUUCUCUCUCUUUCCUCUCUUUCCACCUCUCUCUCUCCACAUUUCUCUCACAUUCAAUUCUCUCUUUCCCUCUCUCUCUUUCUCCUCUCUCUUUCCACCUCUCUCAUCUCUUUCAAUUCUCCUCUUUCACAUUUCUUCUCUCUCUUUCCUCCUCUCUCUUUCCACUCUCUCUCUUUCCACCUCUCUCUCCUUUCUCUUUCCUUCUCUCUCAUUCCACCUCUCUCUUUCCCCUCUCUCUCACAUUCUCUCUCUCUUUCCUCUCUCUCACAUUUCAAUUCUCUCUUUUUCCCUCUCACAUUUCCAAUUCUCUCUCUUUCCUCUCUCUUUCUCUUCUCAUUCUCUCUCUUCCACCUCUCUCUUUCCAUUGUCUCUUUCUCUCUUUCCACCUCUUCCACCUCUCUCUUUCCACCUCUCUCAUUUCAAUUCCCUCUUUCCCUCUCUCACAUUCCAAUUCUCUCUUUCCCUCUCUCAUUUCAAUUCCUCUUUCCUCCUCUUCCACCUCUCUUUCCACCUCUUCCCUCUCUCUUCUUUCCUUCUCUCUCUUUCCACUCAAUUCUCUUUCCAUCUCUCUCAAUUCUCACUUUCCUCUUUCCACUUUCCUCUCUUUCUCACCUUUCUCAUUCUUCUCUUUCCAUCUCUCUCACAUUUCAAUUCCCUCUUUCCAUCUCUCUCACAUUCCAACUCUCUCUUUCCACCUCUCUCACAUUCCAAUUCUCUCUUUCCUCCUCUCUCACAUUCCAACUCUCUCUUUCCUCCUCUCUCACAUUCCAACUCUCUCUUUCCUCCUCUCUCACAUUUCAAUUCUCUCUUUCCACCUCUCUCACAUUUCAAUCUCUUUCCUCUCUCUCUUUUCAAUUCCUCUUUCUCACUUUUCAAUUCUCUCUUUCCACCUCUCUCACAUUUCAAUUCUCUCUUUCCUCUCUCACAUUCCAAUUCUCUCUUUCCAUCUCCUCACAUUCCUCUCUCUCUUUCCACCUCUCUCUCAAUUUCUUUCCUCCUCUCUCACAUUCCAAUUCUCUCUUUCCCUCUCUCACAUUCUCUUUCUCUUUCCUCCUCUCUCACAUUUCAAUUCUCUCUUUCCACCUCUCUCAUUCCAAUUCUCUCUCUUCCUCUCUCACAUUUCAAUUCUCUCUUUCCACCUCUCUCACAUUUCAAUCUCUCUCUCUUUCCAUUCCCUCUCUCACAUUCCAAUCUCUCUUUCCUCUCUCACAUUCCAAUUCUCUUUCCUCCCUCUCACAUUCCAAUUCUCUUUCCUCCUCUCUCACAUUCCAACUUCUCUUUCCACCUCUCUCACAUUUCAAUUCUCUCUUUCCCAUCUCUCUUUCAUUUCAAUUCUCUCUUUCCACCUCUCUCACAUUCCAAUUCUCUUUUCCUCUUCUCUCAUUCUCUCUUUCCAUCCUCUCACAUUCAAUUCUCUCUUUUUCCUCUCUCACAUUCCACCUCUCUCUUUCCACCUCUCUCACAUUUCAAUUCUCUCUUUUUCCUCUCACAUUCUCUCUCUUCCCCUCUCUCAUUCAAUUUCUUUCUUCCUCUCUCACAUUCCAAUUCUCUCUUUCCACCUCUCUCACAUUCCAACUCUCUUUCCUCCUCUCUCAUUCCACUCUCUCUUUCCUCCUCUCUCACAUUCCACUCUCUCUCUUCUUUCCUCUCUCUCACAUUUCAAUUCUCUCUUUCCAUCUCUCUCACAUUCCAAUUCUCUCUUUCCACCUCUCUCACAUUCCAAUUCUCUCUUUCCACCUCUCUCACAUUUCAAUUCUCUCUUUCCACCUCUCUCACAUUCCAACUCUCUCUUUCCACCUCUCUCACAUUUCAAUUUUCUUUCUUCUUUCCAUCUCUCUCUCACAUUCCACCUCUCUCAUUCCACCUCUCUCUUUCCACCUCUCUCUCACAUUCUCUCUUUCUCUCUCUCUUUCCACCUCUCUCUUCCCCUCUCUCACAUUCCAAUUCUCUCUUUCCACCUCUCACAUUCAAUUCUCUCUUUCCACCUCUCACAUUCCAAUUCUCUCUUUCCACCUCUCUCACAUUCCAAUUCUCUCUUUCCUCUCUCUCUCAUUCCAAUUCUCUCUCUUCCCCCUCUCUCUCACAUUCCAAUUCUCUCUUUUCCACCUCUCACAUUUCAAUUCCUCUCUUUCUCUCCUCUCUCUCUCUUUCCCCUCUCUCUUUCCUCUUUCUCUCACAUUCCAACUCUCUCUUUCCACCUCUCUCACAUUUCAAUUCUCUCUUUCCAUCUCUCUCACAUUUCAAUUCCCUCUUUCCAUCUCUCUCACAUUCCAAUUCUCUCUUUCCACCUCUCUCUUUCCACUUCUCUCUUUCCACCUCUCACAUUCCAAUUCUCUCUUUCCAUCUCUCUCUUUCAAUUCUCUCUUUCCACCUCUCUCACAUUUCAAUUCUCUCUUUCCACCUCUCUCUUUCCCUCUCUCUUUCCAAUUACCUCUCUCUUUCAUUCCAAUUCUCUCUUUCCACCUCUCUCUUUCCACCUCUCUCUCUUCCAUUCCAAUUCUCUCUUUCCUCUCUCACAUUCCACCUCUCUCUUUCAUCUCUUUCCACAUUCCUCUCUCUUUCCACCUCUCUCACAUUCCAACUCUCUCUUUCCUCCUCUCUCACAUUCCAACUCUCUCUUUCCUCCUCUCUCACAUUCCAACUCUCUCUUUCCACCUCUCUCACAUUCCAAUUCUCUCUUUCCACCUCUCUCACAUUCCAAUUCUCUCUUUCCAUCUCUCUCACAUUCCAACUCUCUCUUUCCACCUCUCUCACAUUCUUUCUCUUUUCUCCUUCUCUCACAUUCCCUCUCUCUUUCCACCUCUCUCUUUCCAUUCUCUCUUUCUCUCAUUCCACCUCUCUCACAUUUCUUCCCUCUUUCCUCUCUCUCUCACAUUCCUCUCUCUUUCCACCUCUCUCACAUUCUCCAUCUCUUUCCCUCUCACAUUCUCACAUUCCACCUCUCUCUUUCCACCUCUCUCUCUUUCUCAACUUCUCAAUUCUCUUUCCUCUCUCUUUCCAAUUCUCUCUCUUUCUCACAUUUCUCUCUUUCUUUCUCUCUCACAUCUCACAUUCCACCUCUCUUUCCUCCUCUCUCACAUUCCACCUCUUCUUUCCACCUCUCUCACAUUCCAAUUCUCUCUUUCCACCUCUCUCAUUUCAAUUCUCUCUUUCCUCUUCUCUCACAUUUCUCUCUCUCUUUCCUCUCUCUCUCAUUCCAAUUCUCUCUUUCUCUCUUCAUUCUCUCUCUUUCUCUUUCACCUCAAUUCUCUUUCCACCUCUCUCACAUUUCAAUUUUCUCUUUCCACCUCUCUCACAUUUCAAUUCUCUUUCCAUCCUCUCUCACAUUUCUCUCUCUUUCCACCUCUCUCUCUUCUCUCUUUCCUCCUCUCUCACAUUCCAAUUCUCUCUCUUUCCAUUUCCCCUCUCUCUCUUUCCACCUCUCUCUUUCUUUCCCUCUCACAUUCUUUCCCCCUCUCUCACAUUCUCUCUCUUUCACCUCUCUCAUUUUCUUCUCUCUUUCCACUUCUCUCUUUUCCCUCUCUCUCUUUCUCUCUCUCACAUUUCAAUUAUCUCUUUCUCUCCUCUCUCUUUCACCUCUCUCUUUCCACCUCUCUUUCCUCUUCUCUCACAUUCCACUCUCUCUUUCCCCUCUCUCUCUUUCCACCUCUCUCUUUCUACUUCUAUCUCUUUCCACCUCUCUCUUUCCACCUCUCUCUUUCCACCUCUCUCUUUCUACUUCUAUCUCUUUCCACCUCUCUCUUUCCACCUCUCUCUUUCCACCUCUCUGGGAUUGCUCUGUUCAUAUCUAUCUAUGUUUAUUCUUAUCUAUCUAUCUAUUUAUCUAUCUAUCUAUCUGUAUACCUAUCUCUGUUCAUAUCUAUCUAUCUAAUACUGUUCAUAUCUAUCUAUCUAAUACUGUUCAUAUCUAUAUAUUUAUUUGAUUUUGUUCAUAUCUAUUUAUAUGUUUCUGUCCAUCUAUCUAUAUAUCUCUCAUAUCUAUCUACCUAUCUAUAUCUCUCUCAUCUGUUCACAUCUAUCUAUCUAUCUAUCUAUCUAUCUAUCUAUCUAUCUAUCUAG